UCCUUCUUUCAGACAAUGGACGGAACUCUGUGGUGCGGCUUGCAUAUUGAUGAGUGCGGAAGACAUGGCGAAAUUUAUGAACUUCAUGUUAAAUGAUAGAAAGACGGACUCGGGCAUCCGUUUGAUGGACCGAAAGAAGAUAGAAGAUUUCUUUUUGAUAUGGCAACAACUGCAGUCCUCACGUACAGAGGACUAUUUUGUAAAAUCCAAAGGGGUCCCGUAUUCUAGAACAUACUCAGGAUACAGCUUGGGGUUCAAUGUUGGGAAAUAUAGAGGUCACAGAAUACUAGAGGAGGCGGGAAACCUCUUUGGUUACCGGUCACUUAUAACGCUUUUCCCAGACAAACACUUGGGUAUUUUUAUCUCAGCAACUGGUGAAGACGACGACGAAAUGUUCCGGAUUUCAGUUAGUUCCUAUAUAAGUGAUCUUUAUAAUGAAGAGGAACCCUGGCUUAACUCUACCAUGCUUUGUAACUUUCCACAACCUUUCAUGCCCCACCCUGUCAAGAGACGCCCCACUUACAUCCCUAGAGACAUUCCGCUAGAACGCCCGGUUGAGGACUACACGGGGACAUAUUUCAAUGAAGUGUUUCGUGACUUGUUGAUAACGUCCGAAAACAACCAAUUAAAACUUACCUAUGGUUACGUCACCUUUGAUCUUCAGAAGAAAGCGAAAAAUUCUGAAAAAUUUUACAUGAUCGCUCAAGGGUCUGCAAAACAUGUUCUUCAGACAAAAUUCCUUCAGUUCCGAGAAAGUAAGAUAAAUGGUACAGACACUAUAAAUGCAGUGUAUCUCAAGAGCUUCGAAGAUAGUGAAUUUGUUAAAUUGCCGGACGUUGACAUACUAUCUAACCACUUCGACUUCCUGUGACAAGCUAGCGAAGCAUUCAGGAAAGAUUUUGGGGUAUUACUUUACAAAAAAUAUCUCUCAGGAUAAAGAAAUAUUACCGUUGCAGUGUUGCCUACACUUUAUAAAACCGCGUACAGUUGCAUAUAGUAGUACAUUGUUAAUGUAAAUAAAAUCACGAAAUAAAAA